AUGGCUGUGCUUGGUGGGACACAGCUCUUCUUGAGCAACUGGGGCGUGGCCAGCGAUCCCCACACCUACAAAGCGCUUAACAUCAAGCACGUCGUCAACUGCACCGUUGAGCUGCCAUUUGUGGACGAGAUCGCAGACUUCAUGGAUGCUCAAGCCCUCGCGAAAGGAUUGAACCCUGAAGGGCCAGGAGAGCCCAUGAUGCAGAAGCCCAUCAACGUGGAGUUGCGGGUGCAGCUUGCAGGACGGCUUCGUGUGCCAGUGCAGGACGGCACCGACCAGAGGAUUUGCGACUACUUCCAGGAGAGCGUAGGCUUCUUGCGGCGGGCCGUGGACUCGCAGUCUGGACAUAUUCUGAUCCACUGCAAGCAUGGGCAAAGUCGUUCUGCUACGGUUCUGGCGGCCUUCAUGCUUCACGUGGCAAGGCAGGCCGGCACACCGAAGACUGCACAAGAGGUGCUGGCUGAGCUCAAGGCGUGUCGACCUCGGGUGAGUCCGAAUCUGGGUUUUCUGAGGCAGCUGGACGACUUUGCAGAAGCGAAGUGUGGAGUUCUUUGUCCUUCAAGCUCUCAGGAGCCUCAAGCAAGGCCCACUCCAUCUGUUUAA